GCCGGAGGGGUUGCUGUUGGCGCCGAGAUAGCAGCAUUCAUGAUGAACGUAAUUCAGAUUGUGCGUGACCACUGGGUGCAUAUACUUGUCCCUAUGGGAUUUGUCUUUGGAUGUUAUCUAGACAGAAGGAAUGAUGAAAAGCUAACUGCCUUCCGGAACAAGAGUUUGUUAUUUAAAAGGGAAUUGAGACCCAAUGAAGAAAUCACCUGGAAGUAAAAGGCUGUGGUUGAAUUACAGAAUGUUCACAUAUUUAAAAUUAAGAAAGAAAUAAAAACACAUUAUUUAAU